UUCAGGCAGAGUAAAGGUGUGUCUCGCGGCAGUCAGGAGGGGGAGGCAGCCUCUCGGCCACUCAAGUGGAACUUUACCUGAAGUUAUAUCUUCUUCCGUGAGGCUUCUCCAGUCUGUGUCCGUGUGGAGUGCUGAGGUCCGACUGAUCCAGGUACAGCUCUGCAGUCCAGUCUCUCUCUGUCUCUCGGGCCAGAAAACGACUCUGCUGGAUCCGGAAACCUGAGCUCGUGCACAUGUCGCUCAUGAAAUCUUGAGGAAUCUGACUGUUUGCCAUGGAGAGAGUCUAAACCCGCUGGACGAACAGCCACCAUGCGCAGGUUCAGCUCCGAGGGGAACCUCCUGGAUCUGGACUUCCUCCCCUGGAAGAGGAUGGCCCUGAAUAACCAGGAUGUUCAGAAGAACCGGGACUCUGGCACCUACACCCCUCACACAGAGGAGGACGAUCUGAACGGGGGCUCCACCCUCCUGACCCCCACCAUCCUGGAGCCUAAAGGGGGUAAGCUGACCAAGCAGCACAGCGUCAGCGUGGAGACCCUGACUGAGCUGGGGAAGCAGGACAAGAACCACCUGAGUGUGGGCCUCAUGGGGGAGGGCUGCAGGGCCUACAGCGACGGCCAGCUGGCCCCCCAAGCCCAGGGCAGCACGGAGAGCAUGGAGAGGGACGACAUGCCCCCUGGCUCCCCCUCCUCCACCAUCCCCUUCUCCUUCAAAGCCCAUCACAGGCACAACCAAAAACACAAGCUGUCCUCCGCCAAGCUGCACCUCCGGAGUCUGUUCGGACAGAGUCCUCAUUCUUCAAACCCAAACCUGUCCAACACCGAGCAGAAAGACAGUGUGACAGAGCGGAGGUCCCGCCUCCUCUUCAUGCGGCAGUGGAGCCAGGUGGGCCACAGUAAGAAGAGGAAGUUCAGUCGAGAGGAGCUGGAGAAAUGGGCGGAGUCUCUGAACACCCUGCUGCUCAGCCAAAGUGGGGUCUCAGUGUUUGGAGCAUUCCUGCGCUCUGAGUUCAGCGAGGAGAACCUGCAGUUCUAUCUGGCCUGUGAGCAGUACAAAAACUCGUCCAACAACUUCAGCCUGCAGAGGCGGGCCAAGGAAAUCUGCAGCACCUACAUCCAGCCCGGAGCCUCGCGGGAGGUGAACCUGGACAGUAAGACCAGGGACCUGUCCCUCCAGCUGCUGCAGGCUCCGUCCCACGCCUCGCUGUCCCUCGCUCAGAAACGCAUCUUCUCCCUCCUGGACCUAGACUGUUAUCCCCGCUUCCUCCAGUCCGACAUC